AUGUUCUAAUGUUGGUUGUUUAGGAUCUAAAAAUGCUUGAUAAAGUAUUUUCAGGAAAGGACAAUUUUCUCAAUAUUAAGAUUUUAAUUGUGUAACAUAAAAGAAAAUAUUUAUGCCGAUAAUUGUCUAAAUAACAUUAAUAAAAUAGCCUGCAUAUCUUAAUAAGCCAUUUCUUGCGUUUGGAACACUGUUCAAAAGAAUUUUAAUAAGUCUAAUUGGAGUUAUAAUACUAAUACUUGUAAAUAUGGUAAAGAAACAUAAGGAUUAAAUAAAGGAGCUUAAUAGAAAUAAAGAAUUCCUCAAAGAUAUGACGGAAUUAGAUAAUCUAAUGAAUAGAAAUAAUAAAUUCGAGGCUAAGUUAGAUUCUCAAAUGAGUCCUUCUUCAAGACUUUAAAGAAAAUACUGUCACUUAUUUCAAUUUCAAAUAAUUGA